AUGAAAGAUAAUUAUGAUAAAGAAAUUAUCUUGGAAGAAAAUGCUUCUUCUGAAAAAAGUGUCAGUAAUGAAACAUCAUUAUUAGCAUGGAUUGAACUUAUUUUUGUUAUUCUAUUAAAUAUGUCUGUUAAUUUAAGAUGGCUAACGUUUAGUCCUGUUGCUUCUUUAGCAGCAGAAUACAUGAAUGUCAGUAUGUCUUCUAUAACUUGGUUGGCUAAUUGUGCUACUUUGAUCUUUAUUGCUAUUAGUACAUUUACGGGUUGGGUAUUUGAAAGAUAUGGCAUGAAAGCAUGUUUUCUAUUUGCAGCUUGCACAAGUAUUUUAGGUUCAUGGAUUAGGUAUUUUGGAACAUUUGCACCUAUUCAUCAAAGAUAUGCUAUUAUCAUGUUUGGACAAUGUAUAGCUUCAAUUGCUGAACCUUUUAUUAUGAAUAUUGGAACUCAUUUUGCUGCUGUCUGGUUUGCUACUCAUCAUCGAGUUACUGCAAAUACACUAUUAUCAUUACCACUUGGUAUGAUUGUAGCUACAUUAUCUAUGCCUAAAUUGGUUCAAAUCCCAUCAGAGUUGCCUCGAGCUCUUUUGAUUACAGCUUGCAUUUCAACUGCAUUUGGAAUACCGUUCUUAAUUUUGCCAUCAAAGCCAAAAAUUCCCCCAACUUUAAGUGCAAAAGUGACUCGUACUUCAUUUCGUGAGAGUCUUAAAUCAAUGCUUAGAAAUCGAAAUUAUUUAUUAUUGAUUAUCAUAUUUAGUAUCAAUUUUGCUAUGUUCGCUUCUAUUGUCGCUAUUACGAGUAGUAUCUUUAUUCCUCAAGGAUUUAGUACCGUACAAGCUGGUUUAGCUAGUUUUAUACGAAUUAUAAGUGGUAUAGGUGGUGCAUUGAUUGCAGGUCGUAUAACAGAUUGGACAGGUCAACAUGCACUUGUAUUAAAAAUAGCUGCACCUAUGACAGCUAUCACUACUGUUAUUUUGUAUAUUCAAGACUUGGUUAAUACAUAUGCUUUUAUGAUGGUAUCAUGCUUUUUAAAUGGAUUCUUUGUAUUCCUCAUUAUACCUGUUUCCUUAGAAUUAGCUGCAGAAUGUACUUUCCCUGUAUCUGAAUCAGUAAGUGCUUCCAUUCUUUGGGGUGUAUCUCAAGUGAGUUCAUUUUGUACAACUUUCAUCAUGGAUGCAUUAAGAGCCGGUCCUGAUGCUUCUCCACCUUAUAAUAUGAAACAUGCUCUUAUAUAUGCGAUAGUUCUAUCAUGUAUCGGUGCUAUUCCAUCCUUCUUCCUUUCAACUGACUUGAAGCGUAUUCAUCGUGAUAGAACUACAGAUGACAAGACUAUAGAUGUAGAUAUAAUUCAAGAAAUUGAGCCUACUACUACUACUCCUGUUCAAAGCAAACAAACAAAAAAACCUCCCCAUGUAACUUAG